AUGACUUUUAUGACUUUGGUAUUUUGGUACAACUCGUCGCAGGGACAUCCAAAAGCCGUGGAGAUGUAUAUCACAGCGCCAUUCGUCUAUUUUGAAAUGAUGCAUAUUUUUGACGCCAUCUCAGACUCUGAGCAGAUCGAGUACUCGCUCCAUGCUCUUGGCAGCGAUACAAUCCUCACAACAAAACCAUGGAACGAAAUUCCGCUCCGUCAAGCAUCUGUCGUCAGCGUACCAAGCUAUAGUACUCUGCAGCAAGAGCUUACUUGUCAAGAAUCCAACGGAGCUGUCGCCGCAUCCGCCAACAAGGACAUUGGCUUCGGACAAUCCGCCACCCAGGAAGAAAUCUACGUUGGCAACUGUCCAGAAGCAUGUCCAGCUGUUCUAGUCACGCCAACUCUGGGCCCCGACCAAGUCCUAGUCAUUACCGGCGCUAGACCAAUCCUUCGCUUUGUUGGGCAACGUCGCGCAAUCUCAAUGAUCCAUUCUGGAACUACCUCCUAA